GAUUAACACAGAAUUCAUACACCCAGAUCGAGAUGGCAGUAGUGAAGGUUCUUGGCAGUUGGGCAAGCCCUUUUAGCACAAGAGUUGAGGUUGCUCUCAAACUCAAGGGAGUUGAAUAUGAAUUCAUACAAGAAGAUCUCUCCAACAAGAGCCCCUUGCUUCUCAAAUCCAACCCUGUCCACAAGAAAGUCCCUGUGCUCUUGCACAACGGAAACCCACUACCUGAGUCUCUCGUCAUCGUCGAGUAUAUCGACGACACCUUUCCGGGGACUCCCAUUUUGCCCAAAGAUCCUUACGAGAGAGCCUUGGCUCGUUUCUGGGCUAAUUUCAUUGACGAUCAGUUCGUGGCUGCAGUCAAGAAAGCAGCAUUUACCAAAGGCGAGGAGCAAGAUAAGGGAAAAGAGGAAGUUGGUGAGCUUCUGAAACUUCUGGACAAUGAAUUGAAGAAGAAGAAGUUCUUGGGAGGGGAGACGAUCGGACUUGCAGAUAUAGCCGGCAAUUUCGUUGCUUUAUGGUUUGGAGUUUUGGAUGAAGUAUUGGAGGUGGGAGUGGGCGUGACCGAAGAAAAUUUCCCUCAUUUAUAUCGCUGGAAACAGGAUUUCCUCAACAGCGAUGUAAUUAAGGAGACUUUACCUUCUAGAGAUAAACUUGUUGCCUUUUUCACCAAGCAAUUCAAGCCAGCAGCUGCUACUGCUUCUCAGUAAACAUUUGACAUUUGUUUUAGAUUGAAAAGUUUGUACUGUAAGAGAUGUAAUAAAUUAAUGUCAUCAAUGUCUCAUACAGUCAUAUCUAUUGUAA